UUUCAGUUUAUAUCAGAGAGCCCAAUGGAGUCUUUCGAAGGACCUAGUCGGGUUAGCAAGGCUAACUUAUUAGAAGUCCCUACUGUAAACGAUUACUUUUCUGAAGAUGAAGAUGUUAAACCUGACAUUAAACACCGUUUCUCUCCACUUCCCCGAAGGCGGAAUUCUGCUUCUUCAGAGGAAGAGGAGGCAGAUGCCCCUACCACCAUUGCAAGAAAGGUUUCAUUUGCUGAUGCAUUUGGGUUUGAUCUUGUGUCUGUUAAAGAGUUUGAUAGCUGGGAAAUUCCAAACAUAGCACAAAACAAUGACUUAGAAGACGACGCUUUCACUCAAGAGGAAUUUUUUUUAACUCAGCUAUUUACAUUACCUACUUCCCAAGAAGAAGUUUUGCAAAAAGUGCGAGAACAUAAAGUACUGUUGGAGUCAAUUGUGUUCCUGCCUGGGAUUACCUGUAUGAACGGCAUUAUACGAGUCCUCAAUGUAUCUUUUGAAAAAUUGGUGUAUGUUCGAAUGACACUGGAUGACUGGGCCAGUUACUACGAUAUCCUAGCAGAGUUCAUGCCUAAUUCUUGUGGCAGUGAAACUGACCAGUUCUGCUUUAAGAUUUCUUUGGUGCCUCCUUAUCAGCGAGAUGGAGCCAAAGUGGAAUUCUGUAUACGAUAUGAAACAUCGAUUGGUACCUUCUGGGCAAACAACGACGACAAAAACUACACGCUGAUUUGUCACAAGAAAGAAACUGUGCCCAAGUUGGAUAAUAAACCACACAAAGAAAGUGCUGAUAGACAUCUUAAAGGCUGCUUAAAGACGGCACCAAGCAGCAAAGAAGAAAUAUUGGAAACAUCAGAUGGUGACAUAUGGAAUAAUUCAAGGACUUCAGAUGCAAACAUCCCAGAGAUUGUUUGUUCACAAGCAGAAGACAAAGAGAAUGCACCAGCUGAUGAAAAUAUAAAAGAUAAAAUUGCAGAUUACAACCAGGGUGAUCACGAAGAUGAUGAAAAAGAAUUAGAGUUGCUGCUAAAUCAGCACUUCACAGGAGCUAAAGGUACCUCUUCCAGAGAUGAAAGGAAUUUAGACACAACAGAACCAGUUAAUUUUCGAAGUGAAACUGUAAGACUGGAGAAAAAUCUAACCCACGUAGAAAGAAGCAGUGACUUGCUGAGGCACCCAGUGCCUAUCAGUUCCUUAUCUGAAAAUACUUCACAAGUGAUAGGAGAAGAAUUAAAAGGCAAUGCUAAGUAUUCCAUAGGAGGUUAUAGUAGUCACCCAUCAGAAAAGGAAGACUCUGCUGGCUCAGCAAGCAGCAGCAAACAGUCUUGGGAUUCUACUGGUAUCAGUGAAACCUUUUCAUCGGCAAAAUACUUCCCUGGAACAAAGCAGAAUGAGGCUAUCAAUACUGCGGCUACUGUCUCAAGCCGACAAGGAGAGAGCCACAAAGAUAUUACAAGAGGUGAAGCAGAUAGUGCCUCGGGAAGUAAGAUGAUGGAGAGGUUAUUCAUCAGUGAGGAUGAUACCUCGAAAGAGGCCUGUGAAAUGAGACCAGCAGCCAUUUCUUCAGUGCAUGAUGAAUCCUUGCAAUUAAAAGCAUGCGUAACAGGAACGCUGGAUGGCAAUGCUAAUCCAGCUCCAGAGCACCAAGUGCCAAAAAUAUCUCACCAAACUCUGGAUUCAUUGUCAUCAGCUGCUGACAAAAACAAAGGAAAAAUUGAGAUGAUUGAAAGCAAAGUUCAGGCACAUUUAAAAGGAGAUUUACAUGCCGACACUUUUGCAUACACUGAUGUCUCAAUGGAUUCCACAAAAAGCCAAUGUACACACAAAAAAGGAGUUUGUGAAUUGUCAGAAAAGAAUUAUAACACUGAUACAGAGAAGGAGAAAAGAGUCAUUGAAAUAGCAGAUUUAGCACUAAUUGGAGAGGAAGAAGCACCCGAGCCUUUCAAGUUUCACAGAAAACAUGCCUUCAGAGCAUCGUUCCUGCCAGAUGAAGACAACAAGUACAGAGCCAGGCCUGCACAAGCAGGACCUGGGGCUUACUUGCCAGAGAAUGAAAGCAGAGCUGAAGAUGCUCAGGAACACAGAGGAUUCACAAGGUUAAAAGACAGAGGAAAGACAGAGAAUGGAAAUAAAGGAGGACUGACGGGGACAGAAAGUGGAGAAAAUGCCACUGGACAGGCAUGGAAGCGAGCAGAUAGUGGGGUGCGGUGGGCAGCAGGGAGUGAUGCAGGGGCUCAGAGCUCAUGUACCCAAGAGUUAUUUACCUGCCAAGAGGCAGAAAGCUGUGAAAAGUCUCCUGUCUCCGAGCACAGUAUUAAAGGGAAAGCAGAAGCAGGUACAGCUUAUAUAAUUAAAACAACAUCAGAAAGUGCUCCAGAAAAAAUGUCUGCCAGUGAAAAAGCAGUAAUUGCUAAGCUACCUCAAGAGAUUGCACUAAGUGACAGGCCCACAGAGGAAAAGGAAACAGCGUUUGAUACACAUGAAGGGAGAAAUGAUGGUUCACAUUAUGCUCUUUGUCAACUCAACACAGUGGGUGUAUUAUAUGACACCGAAUUUGAAAAGGAAUCAGUUUUAGAUAUUUAUAAUGCACGUGUACAUGAAACACUGCAAGGAGAAACGAUGUCUGUAUGCAACAGCGGGGAAAAAUGUGCCAAAGCAAAACCAGACAUUGGAGAUAUUCUGCCUGCAGAAGGAGCUGUGAAAGCUUCUUCUGCAGAAAAGAAAGAAGGCUUGGGGCAAGGCUUACAUUCAGAAGUAUCUAAAUAUUCCCAAAGUGCCCAGAAGCAUCGCUACAGUGAAGAAUUGGCAGAGCUCUAUAGCGAAGAGAGCUACCUUGGAACACCUUCCUAUUUGCAUGUCAAAACUCAAACAAAAACAGCAACUUCUGGUACAAACACUAUGCCCAGUUACCACUAUAAAAGCCCUCCACUGUCGUCUUCCACAGCAGACAUGGACCAUCCAUAUAUUCACUCUGAAUUCAAAGUCAUUGAAAAGGUUGUUGCCGAGUCAGGAUAUGAUUUAAGUCUCCCAAAUGAAAUGAAACAUAUUAAUAAAUGCCUCUUUCCUGAAGCUGAAAGAAAAGAAGUACCUUCCACUUCAGACACAACCGUUGCUAGAGAAGAUAGAGGAAGCAAUAUAGGUCAAUGUUUCCAUCAAGCAGAGUUCAAGCAAGAGAAGUCAUUGAGGCCAGAAAUUUCAAUUAGUAAGGCUACCAAAGAAGUUGCUGGGAGAGCCUCUGAUUCUCACCAUUUAAUAACUGAGGGGAAAACACUAAAUUGGCUUGAUGACUCACAGAAUGAAAAACAGAACAUUUCUCAUUCUGCAGAUGUGUCUGACCAGAAUAGUGAAGAACAGAUGCUGUCUAGUGAGACUCCAGGUUUAAAAGAGAUUGGUUGCAAAAUCUUUUGUUUCUUCUUCUUUCUUGUGUUUGCUGCAACACUUUACCACUAUGAUUUGAUGGUUUGUCUUGCACUCUACCUGUUCUCCUUGUACUGGCUCUACUGGGAAGGAAGAAGAAGCAAAGAGUCUGUCAAGAAGGAAUAACAUUAUUUGAUUAUCAACCGUGCUCAAGAUCCAUGGUCAAUAGUUUCCAACCCCUCCGAAGCAUUUCCACUGUUAAAGAGAUUAUUCAUUGUUAGAACCAAAGCAAGGUUUCUACUGAAGCAUCUUUUUAAAAAGAUUACAUAUGAAGUUGAGCCUUCAUAUACGUAAUUAUACUGUAGGACCAUCAUGUUUGGAUCAUUAAAUACCUAUAUGAAUAUGAGAUCUGAAGCACGUCAAGUUAAAAUGAAAUACAGCUGUUGCUCUUUAGCACACUAUGAAGAGGCAAUGCUUCAUAUCUCUUUAGCACUUAAAAACACCAUUUUGUUGCAUUAAUUUCUUUUGCAGUUAAGCUUCAUAUUUUUCAGAGGUUUUUUUUUAAAGAUUUUGUGUAGUACAUAAAAACACAGGGAAAGGUGUAAUAACUAACUCAGUAUUUUGGCACUGAUACUGCAGUUGAUAAUCUGCUAGUGUAAUUAGUCAACACUCUAAGAAAUAUGACAUCUGAUGAUAGGUUAAUUGUUUUGUCCCAGAUUUUUAUUUCAUUGUUUUGACUUAGUGCUACAGUGAUACACCUGUUUGAAAAACGUAAGGUUAGACUCCAGUUGCAUCAUAUAGCUUUUUGGAUGUAGCUGUGUAGAUGAGCAGACAUGCUGUUUCCACCCCGUGGCUGAAAAGAUCGAAGCCCACAGCCACAGGCUGUUUAUGCACUUCCACAAACAUUUUUGUUUUAUUUGUAAAUGAAGAUUAUGUAACAUGAUUGAGAAUUUCAUUGAACUGAGUGUUAUCCCAGGCAAACGCUUUGAAUUGCAUUUUUUUUUCCACCAGUGUUGCUUGAGCAUAUCUAAAAAGCAUUAAAUAAAUUUUACAAAGGAGUGCUAUGACUGUGUUGAGCAUGUCUGAAUUAGGCUUAUUACUUUUUUCUAUGGCUUGUUACCUAGUGCUAAUCAUAACCAUAGAAAACACAGGGCUGGUGGGGCAGAAAAGCCUAUUGUAUGCCCUAAGAAGAUCCCACAGAGACUUAGUGCAGCAGGCAUUAUGUUGAGCAGGCAUGCUGGAGGCUCCACUGCUACAGCGGUUCUGAUCUGUCACGUAGGGUCAUGCCCAAGGUUUGUCCAAGAAAAAAAGACAUGGAAGGAUUACGUUGCAGUACAGCCAUUUUCCAGAUGAUGGCCACAAAUGCCAUCACAGGCAGUAUACUAAAAGAAGCACCAAGGCGACAUGAUGUUACUAGACCCCUAGAAUUUAAGAAGGAAAGGUAUUUUAAGCUACAUUUGUUUCCCUUUCCUCAGCUCAGUACUGCCAGUAUGGAAUACCAUGCUGAUUGUGAAAGGCUUGUUUGCAAAAUAUGGCUGAAGAUCCAUAAUAGUUUAGUCAUUCGGUUGUUAGUUUAGCUCUGAAAUAAAUGGUUUAAAACUUAUAUGUUUCAGGGUGCUAGGAGACUCUGCUACAGGGAGUACCUUGGCAUUCUUGUUCUCCAGAGGGGUUUAACUUUGGAGCUCUGUGGGAAACAUGCAUUCAGUGGGAGUGAGCAAACAUGGGGGAUCUGUUGCUGAUGAGGACGCUGACAGCUGUAUACCCUGACAACUUUUGACAGCAUCCAUAAAUGAGUUUUAGUGAUGGGAUGGAGGUACUUAGGAGGGACACAUAAGGCUGUAAUACUGUUGUGGAUCUUCAAAGGUACUUAGGAGCUAAAUGUUCAUUGAGAUAAUAAAUUAAUUCAAUAGACAUUAGGAGCUAGGUCCAAUAAAAAGUUUAGGUUUAUAAUAAAAUCAAGAUGGAGGCUGAGUCUGUGUAAUUCCAAAAUCACAGAAUGGCCUGAGUCAGAAGGGACCUCAAGGAUCAUCAAGUUCCAACUCCUGAGUAUACAGUGAUCUCAAACUCUUCUUUACCUGGAGACCACAAACACUGAAAGAGCCUAGCCUUUUUAUGGCACACAUAGGCACUUUCUUAAAAGAACAUGACAUUCCUUUACUGUUGGCAGUUUGCCCUCUGCAAUUUGAUGGAUCCGUGGUCUAAGAAGUUCAACAUUUAAGCCUUUCUGGUUUAGAGAACUCCAGUAUUAUGUAGGUCUCUCCAAAGUAAUGCCUCCUACAUAUUUCCAUGGAAACUACAACGGGUAUACAAAGAGCACAAUAACACUAUUUGAUAGAACAAAUUCUUAGCUGCAGAAUACUAUUUUUCCACAAAGUCAGCACCACUGGCUAUGCAUUUUCACCAGCAAUGAACAAGAGCCUGCAUGCCAUGCUGAUAAAAAUCUGUACUAGUGGAGGUGACCCACCGUUGCUGUCACCACUGCUGCAACUCAUCACCCACAACCUCAGUGUGCUCACGUCCAUUGUUGAGUCUCCAGAAAUAUUUGGAAAGCAUCAAUGAAUGUCAGUGGAUGCCAUUUUUUCCACAUGGAGGAGUUCAGUAACACAUCUUUGCUUCACACGCACUGCCAUGUCAGACACUAUUCUAUCAGACUGCCCCUCUGCUGCCAUCUGUCACACGGCAACAAAAUAUAAAGGUAUACUGGGAGGAAGGUGCAACCUCUACUGCCAUACCACCACCAUCUGCCUCUGAUAUUAUGGGACAAAAUAACAAACUAGGGGGCAUUUCUUUCAGAGCAGCCCUCAUAGUUCACUUUCUGGUACAGUGGGGGCUCUCAAGUUGAAUUUGGUUAUUCUGACAGGAUAAAGGUCCUCAUUGAGAGAGCUAGUGAAGAAAGCACUCUCCACCUGUCCUGAUGAAAUUGUUACUGUUUACUCUGGCCUUAUGGCCAGAGAGAACAAGAACACAAGACACAUCGUACUGUAAUAUUUAAAGUAAUCUGAUCAGAAAAAAAAAAUGUUUAGACAGAAUUCCCUGGUGAAAAACUUUCUUAUUGUAAUUUAAAUUAUACCUUUUAAAAGAAAAAUGCAGAAAACUCUGAGUGAGGAUCAAAUCUCAGGUUUUCACCCUUUUAGGAAAAUGUGCUGUCUACUAAAUUGUGGGUUUCAAAUUCAAUGUUUGAAUAUCUUCAGCUUUACUGAACUUGGGCAUUCCAUCCAGUAGGAUGUACUUUGACAAUCAGACUACUAUUGUUUUCAGAAGGAAUCUGGUUCUCAGGACUUGGACGUACCUGAAUGCAUAGAUGGGCCCUCACUUUUUCAACUGAGUUAACUGAGAGUGGUUCACUGCUCAAAAUUUUUGACUCUCCAUUUAAGGCCAGAGACUUUUAUUUGCAGCCCAAAUCCAAAGCAUUUUCUUCUCUCAGACCUGUGGUCCAACAUAUGAGAUCUGAUUUUUAGAGAAAUCUAAAUUAGAUCUAGUCCAAAUGCUUGAGCAUCUGACAGAGCUAAAUAACUGAAUACCCUGAACACAAGCCUUAUUGGAAGCAGAGCUAAUCAGCCCUGCCAUUGUGGAAGUGGACAAGUCUGCUUGUGGCUUUUGAUUGAAACCUGGGGAAUCCAAAGAGUUCAAAAACUACAUACAUUAGGAAAAUUUGUGCUCUUUGCUUGUUUGACCUGGGAGCCAGGAUACCCCGGAGCUACGGGAACCUUUCUGUUCUGGCUCUUUGUUUGAAAUGUGCAAGCUGAAACUGGCAUCUCUCAUUUACUUCAACCCAAAAUGUUUGGUUGUUUGUUAAAGAUUCAGCUCAACUGAUUGGACAGCAAUAAAAGGGUACAGGGAUAAUCAAUAUGCCCAGGAUUAUGGGUGGAUAAAAGUAAUUGGAUUGAAUCAGUCUCUGGAGACUUUAUUCCGGUCUGCCAUUUUAACACAUACAGUCAUUCAGAAUUGGAAUUCAGGGUAAAUACUUGAAUGUUAGAAUAAGCAUAUUUCACCUACAUACAAGUGUUUUAUUGUUAGCAUUUCUCAGAUUUGGAAUAGGAUUUUUAUGUUCUAUAUUUAAGAUGUUUAGUCAUCGUAUCGUACUUUAUGAUUGCAAAACAGGACUCUAGACUGAUCUCUGAAUACAGGUGCCUGAACUUUUAACAUCUUAUGUACUUAAAACAGCAGAGCAAGUGAUUUUAUCUUUUUUAUUUAUCAUUUGAUAAGGUAUCUUUUAAAAAUCCUCUUACUUUUGUUUGUAGUAUGAAAACAACAGCUUCAUAACAUUCUCAAAAUAUUCAACUCUUACUUAUUUCAAGGAAGAAAUGAUGUGUCGAUGCUUUGCUGCCUACUAGGCCUUAGUAAUAUAAUUAGUAGUUUUAUUUCUAAUAGUUUUAAGUUAUUUCUUCAGGCUUCCCUACAGAAGGAAGAUAUGAUCUCACGUGACAGGCCCAUGGCCACAAAAGGUUCAACUCUUACACAAUAUAAAGAUUAAAAAUAAUAUAUACUGGAAAAAGGCUUGCUUGCUACAGGUAUACAAGAUAACUGUUUCCCAUACCAUGAGAGGUAUUUCCCAUCACUAUUAUCUGAACUGUACAUGUAACAAAUUAAUUUUCAUAUUACAACAUUUGCAAUCUAUUGAACUCACUUACGUAGAAAUCUGGGGCAGCAGGGAGAGGAGUGGGAAGAAGGUCUAUAUCCAGAUACCUUGCUAGGAGAUAGUGAGAACAAACUACAUCAUUAGUUCCCAAAAUAUUUGAUGUUGUUAAUUGCUUUCUUUUCCUUAUCCAUCAGUGACUUUUGUUGUGACACUAGAAAUAAGGCUGCAGAAAUAAGCUGUAGGCUUCCAAAGGUCCAUGUAAUAUUGAAAAUGAGAAACAAGGCAUGCAGAAUCUUAACUAAAUCUGUAAGGAAAGGAAGGUUUAUACAAUAUUGUUCUGUGUCUGCAUUUGUUUGUUGUUUUUUUUUUGUACCUGAGUGACAUCUACACAGCUGAUUUAAGCACAUAAGCUCUCUAGUCACCAGAUCCAUGAAUGAGAAUCAAAAUAGACAUUGUGUUGAAUAGGGAGCAGCCAAAGUUAUCUAAUGGGAAACCCUGAUGGCAGAGUUGGGUCUUAUACCCUGGCCAUGUCAGGGUGAUUAGAUACUUACGCUGGGUUGCAGGGAAAUAUUUUUAUCAGAUCAGAUUUCAUAUCCUGCAGCCCUCUUGUGCAGUGAAGUAACUAACUAAGCCGCUACUUUCAUAAGCAGAACACUGCAGAAAACAAUCUCAGAGUUUUGGGACUGGAGAAAAGUUUAACCUCUUAAAGCAUGCACUGGAACGUUAGUCUAAGUGGGAACACUUGGAUACAGUCCCUACUCCAAGACCAGUUUGAGCAUUUUUUGUGUGAAAUUCUAAUCAGAUCAAGUACAGUAUUGACAUGGGGAUUUUCGUAUCUCCUCAAUCAAGUCACCUUUUUCCUUAGUGUGUAAAAUCUACCUGGCCUACACUAUGGUUUUGUGAAUCUGCACUGGACUGUAGUUCUAGCCAUGAAGGUAUUGUAGGUAAAGGGAUAACAUCACCAAUGCAUAAACCCACUGUACUCUUUGAAGAGCUUGGUUUUGUACUUGCACUCUAUGGUCAGGCCCCUCUUGAUUAAAUAUAGUCAGGAUUGCUCAGUUGAGUUACACAGACUGGAUCAAUGAACUGAACUUGCAGUUCUUCUGAGAGCACUGUCAGAGAGCAAAGGAGACCAUAGACGUACCUAGUGAGGGGACUCAUGAUGUUCUGCUGAACUAGGAGAUCUUGAUUCUGCUGAGGAUUCAGAAAUGAGGUGGUAAUCCAAAGCUUUGAACUUCACUGGGAUGGGAGCAAUUUGUAGACGAAAAUUAAUAAAUUCAGAAGUCUGAGUUAAAACAGUAUUGAUGAAAGAGGGUGGGUAGAUUGAAGGAACUGGUAGUUUUUGUGUUUUGAACAGGCAUGGAUUAAGUGAGUUGAAUCAUUUAAUGAGUGAAGUAUGUAGGACUUAAUAGUACAUGCAAAACGUGUGCAUAUGUGUAUAAGUGAUGCAAGUACAAGAGGGCAGAAAGGUGAAAGGCGAAUUCAUGGGUGAGCGAAGAAGAAAUAAUAAACAGAAUGGCUAAUUGGAAAGUUUCUGAAUAGCUUUCUCUAAAAACAUGAGAGUUUAAUAAAGUUAUGAGUAAGUUGUGCAGAUAAUAUAGUAUUAGCUAUACUAUAGCUAAUCAAAGUAGUAAAAAUGAAAGUAUAAGCUAACUUCCUUUAGUAACUGCUAUCAGUUACUACUUAAUGCAUUAUGGCAGAUAAUAUCUUGCCCUUGACCGUAAUAUUCAGUGAUUUCAGAUCAGAGUAUGGCUCUGCGGACCAGAACCAAAGACUCAUUCUCAGCAUACUAUAGCCCUUCAUUUACUCAGCUCAGACCUCAGUGACAGGAAGCUAUGGGUGUUGGCACUGAACAAGGAAUGCGUAGUACACAUCAGGCUAUAGAUAUCAGUGAGAAAAUUCAAAAGCGUUUGUAAGUAAGCAAGCUCUCAUACUCCCUGCGUGGCCUCAUACAGCUCAGAACUAUCUAUGAGUUUCUUUAUUUUUUUGACUAAAGAAGGACAUUCAGAUUUGCAGGGACCAUAGCACACAAGUGUGCCUUUGCAUAUCCUCUUCUGUGUGAUGGAAGGGAAAUCAUAGGAUCUGUAAUCUCACAUACUGGUUGUAUUUACUCAAAAAUUUCUUCUCCUUUUCACCAGGGGAAUCUUUCUGGGGCUGAGCAUGCCAACCACUUGUUCUCCUGGCUCUGCCUUCUCCAAGGGAAGACGGAAGAAUGCUUCAUACUUCCAUACUUCCCCUCUUUCUCUGAAGUGGGAAUGAGAACUGCCAAGGGAUAGAUAGUGAAGGACUCAGUUUAAUAAUUAAGGUCCCCUUAUAAGGAAGGAGUGCCUCCCUAUUCCCAGGGCAAUCAGGGACAAUUAGAAGCAGCCUGAACUCUUUAAAUACAGCAACAGUGAUCUGUUUGGGGAAAAGUCCUGGUCAAACUCCUCACAAGCUUCUUAUUUCUUCAUCCGAGCUACAUGCUUUUUUGUUCCCUUGUAUGGCAUGGAUGAGUCGAGAUCCACCACUGACAGGUGACAAGAAUAGGAGGACUCUGGUGUACAUUUCUUGCCUCCCUAAUUACUCCAGGCUGCUCAGGGGCAGAAGAAAGAAGGAAAACAAUAAGAGAGGAAGCAAACAAGCACAUCUGCAUUGUUUCAUAGAGGUUCAGAAAGAGGAGAAUUCUGAAUUUGGUUGAGCUUGUGACCAACACAUCAUUGUUCUCAAAGACAUGCUGCACUCCAGAAAAGGGCACAAACCCAGGCAGUGCCUUUUCAUUUUCUCCUCCACUAUACCAGUAAUAACAAAAGCAUCAGUAAUAGAAAGCCAGUUGAUUACUGUUGUGUUCCUGGGAGUAAAAGCAAUGCCUCUGUUAGCACUGCAGGCAACGAGGGCAGGCUGCUGCAAAUGCAGAGCAUUUGUACACAGCGGCUGAGAUGUGCCUGCUUUGCUGGGGUAUUUCACGGACACCCACUUGUGACCAUUACCAAUCAUUUAAGGCACCUAUGUCCUGGAGCACAGAUGCUUGCCCUCAAUCUUAUGCUAAUGUGUGCGGUAAAUUGCAAGUACACGGUAAUGAACUGUUUUAUUCAUUACAUGAUAUGUAAUUUGGUAUAAAGAAACAUUUAAAUAAGCUGUUCAUUGUCUUGAAAUUGUCAAACAUUGUGAGACACAAAGCGCAAGAAACUCAACACUAGAAACUGCUGCUGCGACCUUUUAGACUAGCUGAUCUGGAUAGACUUACACCUGUAGCUGUACAUCAUCUUUUAGCACGGACAUAUCAAGUGAGAAGCAAACCAUAUUUUUCAAAAAGUGUGUUGACUGAAAUAGAAAAAAGCAAUAGCAUGACCUGCCAUGAAAUACUUUCUUUUUACUUCUACAAAAGCGAAGAACUUACAAAGUCAAUAAACAUUGAUUAUAAAUUAAAUUGAUGGCAACUGCAAUCUCAUUAAUUUUAAUAAACAGUACAAAAUCA